AUGUCACAAGUGAGGAUGAGUUGCGAUACGGCUAGUCUCGGUGUCAUGAUUCCGCUGAAGCCUGAAGCUGCCGGCUGCACUGAACGGUCAAUUAAAAAUAUUCGCUCCAAUCUACGGCUAUCUGGUAGUGUCAAAACACCUCUGAAUCGUGUGGGGUGGCCGACGAAGCAUAACACCAGUGAUGUUACUGUAGAAGCGCUCUGUGACAAUCUGCUCGAAAAGCCUGACCUAUACCUAGCUGAGAUGCUGUUACCUCUAUGGGAUGAGUUAAACACACUGCCAACAAAAUUCACUAUUAGCUGA